CACAAACUUUUGUUUUCAACAAAGCCGUUCAGUUCGAAGCCUGAGGCUUGUGCGGUCCUGCCUCGGCCGCCUCCGCAGCAACAGCGGGAAGGUCUGCAUCGAAGAAGAGAGCGCGCACUUUUUCCCGAACAAGUUGUUCUUAUCCAAUCCUCUCGUUAGAGGCUGGAUAAGAACUCUCGAUUGAUUUCUCGGAUCUCGAUCUCGAUACGACGGUGAAAAUUAUCAUCAGACUUGAGUAGUCGGCCCUCCACGUCAUCUUGUUUAGCUUAUUUUUGUGCGAUACUCUGUAGUCCUGGUCGUAUUCUUCCAGUUUCGCAUCCGGAUAGUAAAUGGAGAGUUUUUGAGAUUUUUGUUGCUGUUUGAGCGGCCAGUCAAAUCGUUUACUUCGGAAAAUCUCUGCUUAUAUAAGUUGAUAUUGUUGGCCCAUGUUGUACUGGAGAUUUUUCUUUUAUGGAUGGAGGGAUAGUUGAAGUGAUUGGCAGCAAGGGAUGCUCAAGGCUCUUUUUGAGCACUGUCAAUUCUGUUACAAGCAUUACAAGUAUGAAAUCCUCAGAGUUUCUGUCUUCAUCUUCUUCAACCAUUUCCGGGUCCGUUGGUCCUGCAAAAAUUGGACCCUUUAGCGGUCUUGUCAUAUGCGUGACUGGUCUCUCUAAAGAAGCAAGACGACAGGUCAUGGCUGCAGUAGAAAGGCUUGGAGGUCAGUACAGCUCUAGUUUGCAUCCCAGAUGCACGCAUCUUGUGGUCCAGAGCUUUGCUGGGAGAAAGUUUGAGCAUGCUUUGAAGCAUGGUCAAAGAAGUGGCCUCUUUGUUGUUACUUUGGGUUGGUUUGUUGACAGUGUCAGGAAGAACGUGAGGUUGAAUGAAUCUCAAUAUAUCGUUAAAAAUUUUGGAGAAAAUGGCUUUCCACCAGUAGACUCAGAUGGAUUUUUUGGCCUCCCUGGAACUGAAAAGUCUUGUCUUCCGCUAACACAUGUUGGGGUUGAUAAGUCUUCCAAUGGGAUCAGCAGCACAGGGCAACUUCUUCAACAGCCACUGUGGAAAGAAUGUAGCAGUGGACCACUCUUUUCCAAUGAUUUUAUUUUCAUUGAUCCAGAUGUAUCAGUUGAAUUGAGGAAAAAGGUUGUUGAUGCAGCUAGUAGGGAAGGUGCAAAAUUCCUGGAUCAUUGGUUUAUAGGUUCCCGAGCAAGUCAUAUUGUUUGUGAGAGUCCUUCCAUUCAAAAAUAUAUUGGCCAUGCUGAUUGCCUUGUGACGCCGCCAUGGAUUAUCAAAACUGUAAAGGAGAAGUGCUUGCAGCGGCUAGUGCACUUAUCUUCUGAUCUAGUUAGGAACGUUGCAAUGAUUCUCGAAAACAAUCAAAUCAAUCAAGUAGGACAGGAUACCAAUGAGGGACUGUGUAAACUUUUAUUGCAUUCUAGGAAUUCUUAUGCUAAUGGAAAAAUAAAAGAUUCCCUUGAGGAGAGACAAAAGUGCACUGAGUUAGCAAAGCUGAGUGUGAGAAAUCGUCGUUCUCGAUGCAUGCAAUCUUGUCAGAUGCCACUUCAUCCUAUUACUCCCAACAGCCUUCUUGAAUCGGUGUGUUGGUCAGUAUCAGAGCCAACUUCCUCGGCAUGCAUCUUCACAGAAUCAUCGGAGAUUGAUGAUGCUAAUUCAGUUUUUUAUGAUGCUAGAGGUGAUGGAAGGGAUUCUGAAGUAUCGAUUGAAUCUUGUUCUCGAGUAUUAAGAGAAAGUGAGAGGAAUGAGGUGAUAUUUAAGAAUCACUUUCUUACUAUACUAUUUCCUAUUGAUCGGUUUGGUGAGCUUGGGCCUUCUUCAAGAACCUUCUUUAGUGACAGUGGCUUUACUUGCUUACAAAUACUGGAUCACAUCUUUAACUUCUAUCAGGCGAACAUAUCGGCAGAUGAGAUAGAAGUAGCAAUCCACACUGAUUCGAGGCAUGCUGACAGGCUUCGAUCCCUUUAUGCCAGCAAAGAAGCUCUCGACCAGGGUUUUGUGCAGUUUCGACGGAUAGAUUUUAUAGGCAGCAGGCGGUUCUUUGAGGCAUUGAAGCGAAUCAGCGGCCAAAACAAUAGCAAUUGCUACGAGCUCCUUUUGCGAGCUUGAUGUUUUUAUCAUUUUCUCCGUAGUAUAAAGAAAAAAAAAAUUGAAAUGUGUACAGUAAUAAUGAGUAAUUUGGUUGGAAAUCUCUUUGCCUGUGUAUUAAAGCGUGGGGCAAACGAUA